AUGAGCCGGAAAGCGGCCGAGGUCGUACGCCUCCUCGAGACGCUCAAGCGCAUGGUCGACGCUGAGACGGAGGCGGCCAAGGAGAACACGCGGGCGCCGGCUGUAGGUGGUAGUGGCGGCGCGGGAGAGGAUCCGUAUCGUCCGCCCAAGAGGCCAUGGGAGGAGGUUGACAGUCCGGGGGAGACUGUGGGUCAAAGGGAGGGCAUGGGACCCGGGCAGAGGGAGGGGGCGGGCAGCAGGCCAGGAACGGGGCAGGGGGCGACGACGGCCGAGCAGGAUAUGGAGAUCAUCCGGUCCAAGCGCGCCUCGACGGCGGCGAGUUCGGGGCAGCCGAAGAGCAAGUACCGGAAGCGGAGCAGGGCGAGUCCGCCGGGCAAGUGCCAUUCGUGCAACUCGCGCGAGACCCCCGAAUGGAGGCGCGGGCCGGACGGCGCGCGGACGCUGUGCAACGCCUGUGGACUGCAUUACGCCAAAUUGGUGAGGAAGCGCGACAAGCUGAUCGCAGAAGGGCAGACGCCGCCGGUCGACCUUGCGAUGUUGCGCGCGUCGACGGCGGCGCGUGCGGCAGAGAACGGGGGCGCGAGUGGCUCGGGGAACAGGGAUGAGGACCUCGACACGGACGCGUCGCCGAGGCGAUCGUCAUCGCCCGCGUACGCUGGCCAAGAUCAUCAGGGCCUGAGCCACGGUCAAGGUCAGGGUCAGGUACCGAGCCAUCAACAACAGCAUCCGUCUACGGCGUACUCUAGCUCAGGGCCGUCAUCAUCGAAGAUGUCGCCUCCGUCAUCCGCCUCCGCUUCCGCGGCCGGCUACUACGCCGGGCCGAUGUCCGGGACGUAUCAUUCGCUCCAGCAACCGCCCCCUGCGCAGUAUCAGUCGAUGCCGCCGCCUCCACCUCCGUCUUCUUCGAAUUCGCACCGGGGACCUAGCCACGUCCCCGGACAUCAUCAGCAUCAGCAUCAGGGGCAUGGACAACAUGGACAAGCGAGCGGUGGGGCGCCUCCGCCGCAGAUGCCACUGCAGCCGGGCAACCCGCCGCCCCCGCCGUGGGCGAGUCACUCGGCUGGCGGCGGGCCGCCGCAUGGCCGGGGAAGCUACGGAUCUUUGGGCGACUCGCGCGAGGGCGAGUCGGGCUACGGCGGUGGUGGUGAUGGGUGGCGCGCUCGGCUUCUGGACGCCGGCGGGUCUGGGGGGCGCUCGCCGCCGCGCUGA